GAGCGGUCGCUCUAGAGGGGAUGCAAAGAAAAGGAAUCGGAAAAUCCAAACCCUAAACCUAACCCUAACCCGAGAGGGACAGCGAUGGCGGAAGGGGGCGCUGCGGUGGGCGGAGGAGCGUCGCUCAAGGACAAGGGCAACGAGUUCUUCAAGGCCGGGAACUAUCUGAAGGCCGCCGCCCUCUACACCCAGGCCAUCAAGUUGGAGCCUAACAACCCCACCCUCUAUAGCAACCGUGCUGCAGCAUUUCUGCAUUUGGUCAAGCUCAGUAAAGCACUUGCUGAUGCUGAGAUGACAAUCACACUCAACCCCCAGUGGGAGAAGGGUUAUUUCAGGAAAGGGUGUGUUUUGGAAGCAAUGGAGCGCUAUGACGAUGCUAUGGCUGCAUUCCAAGUAGCUUUACAGUACAAUCCACAGAGUGCAGAAAUAUCCAAAAAAAUUAAGAGGCUCACACAAUUAGCCAGAGAAAAGAAGAGGGCUGAAGAAGUAGAAAAUAUCCGAUCUAACAUCAACAUGGGAAAAUAUUUGGAGCCCUUGAAACCUGAAUUUUCUGUGAAAUUUGGAGCUGCAGAAGCGUGGCAAGAUAUCUUCUCUUUUCUUGUUGAUAUAAUGGAGUCAGCUAUUAAAGUUUGGCACGAGACUGGGAAGGUGGAUCCAAGGGUGAAUUUCCUUCUUGACAAGCAGAAGACGCAGAACGAUAAAUAUGCUCCAGUAGUCAACAUUGAUAAGGCAUUUGAAUCUCCCGACACACACAGCAGCUGUUUUGCAUUUUUAAGGCAGUAUGCAGAGGAGUCUUUUUCUAGGGCAUCUUGCUUGGUAGCACCCAAGAACAUUAUAUAUUACCCACAGGUUUGGAAAGGGCAGGGGUCAAGAAAGUGGAAGCUUGGGAACAGUGAUGGCUUUUUUGUGCAAUUUGAGUCUCCUGUAUUACGUAAACUAUGGUUUAUUCCUAGUUCGACUGAAAAGGGCCGGACCUUGUGCAGGGACCCUGAGGCUUUGGAUAUCAGUGCCCAUGAAGUGCUUCCUCGUCUGUUUAAGGAGCCAAGUUCAGAUGUCAGAUAAAACUUCAAAAGACAGCAUCGAGCACGCUAGCUUCCUGCCCUUUAUUGUUUGUUGGUAUGGCCUGCGUUAUCACAAGCUUGAUCGCCCCUCGGGCAUUUCACUACCUAGAGUUUUCACUGCCAUGCAAGGUGCUUCAAUUUUUGUACAUGUACCAUGUCAAUUUUGUUAGUCGAACCUGCCAAAGGUUUUCCUAAAUGAUGUAUGAUUUGCUUAAAUGCUUCUUUUUUGUGUUGCUUAAAUGCUCGUCCAAUCUGUAAUACUUGGUGGUUGCCAUUUUGUUUUGGUUUUUUUAGGGGGGAUCUAUGUAUUCUGGAACUAGUGGAUUGCUCAGUUUUGAUAGCUUAAACUGAUAUAAUGUUCGUAAGAGGUCUCACAGGUUUGUGGUCUGCUUGCAGACCUCGCA